AUGCUCAAAGCGGAUCUCGGACGUACGGCGCGUAGCGAUCCGCACGCGCCUCAAAGAGCCACUAGACCGCCACAGAUGGGCCCAUAUAGGGCUGAUGUUCAGCCGGGGUUGCGGGUAAGCGCAAUGAGGCACCGCGACCUCGGCCCAGAGCAAGAGAAGGAACAGGGGUGGUCAAUCAUCAAAAGACUAGGUACUCAUGUGGUGAAAAUCUUCAGUGUCAGACUCUUAGUGUCAAAAUCCACUCUUUUCCAUCUUUUACUCCGAGGCGUGGCCGCAUGCACCUGCAACCUCAACUUGAAAACGGCCCUAGCGGACCCUAACUGUCUAAUGUGGUCUGAUGUGCUUUUAAGCACGCGCGAAACGCUACGCCCUGUACGUCCGGGUCUGGUAAUGAGAGAAAGGGACCAGUCUUUCUCUCAAUCCUCACCAUGGCCUCGACUAAGACCAGUUGCCAAAGGUCUCCAGUACCGCAAACUUGCCUGCGGUACACAGCGGUGCUCAGCCCAAGCAGAGCCUAGCAACAGGUUCCCUAGUCGAGGUUUCCAUCUAAAUGUCAAACGGGCAGAGUCGAUACACCUCCACUUGUUGCACCGUGACCGGGUCAUUGCGGGGGCGAGGGGCGCGGGCGUCGUGGGAGACCAACCCCCAGCAUCGGUCAACGACCCACUGGACGCACCCUGUCGCAUCCAACCUAUUUUAAGAACAGAUCUCUAUACGCAAAAUGCUGGGUUGCAUAAUAGAGGCUGGCGUUUGGUGACGUCAGGGGGCUGGAGAGGCGCGCCGCGGGCGCGGCAGCAGGCGCCCAUUCAUGGGCCUCCGCUCACCCACACAUACACCACCCCAACACACGGCCGCGAGGCCAUACCGUUGUGA